CACAUUCGCCAGGUUCGAUGGCUACAGUUGAGAUGGACCCUGAUACUUCUUUCCAUCUCGUUUCUGUGGCGGAGCUCACAGGACACGACGAUCGGGUUUGGAACGUCGCUUGGAACCCAACCAAGCCCCUCUUAGCCACUUGCUCCGCAGACAAAACUGUCCGACUAUACAGCUAUGCUGAAGGAGCCGACUCGUCGCCUGCAUUCGCGCUGCAUACAUCUAUCUCCACAGGGCAUAACAAGACUGUGCGCGCAUUAGCAUGGUCUCCAUCCGGCAUCGCGCUUGCAACGGCUUCUUUCGACGCCAAUAUCGGAAUUUGGCAAAGAGAGGGGGAAGAGGAGGCGGGAGAGGAGGAGGCGGGCGGUUGGGAGUGCAUGGCCUUGUUGGAAGGGCACGAGACAGAAUGCAAGAGCGUCGCAUGGUCUGCAUCGGGGAAUCUGUUGGCGAGUUGUAGUCGCGAUAAGACUGUGUGGGUUUGGGAAGCGGGUCCAGACCAUGACUUUGAGUGCAUGGGCGUGUUAAUGGAACACACGCAAGACGUCAAGGCAGUUGCGUGGCAUCCACAUGAAGAAAUACUUGCAUCUGCCUCAUAUGAUGACACUAUAAAGCUGUACAUCGACGAUCCUAGCGAGGACUGGUUUUGCUUCGCUACGUUGAGCGGGCACACCUCGACGGUUUGGUCACUAGCUUGGUCUCCCGAUGGGCGUUAUCUGGCCUCCGCCUCCGAUGAUUGUACGAUCAGAGUAUGGAAAAGGGUAGGAGACCAUGAGUGGGUGUGCGUGAGUAUCUUAGAGGGGCAUGACAGAACGAUCUACGGUGUCAGCUGGGGAGUAGGGAAGAAGGGCACCGACGAUAACUUCCUCGGGUGGGUGGCCAGUGCCGGUGGCGAUGGUCGGAUAAAUGUUUGGGAGCUUACAGAGUCGGCGAAUGCGACGUCAAGGACGCCUCCAGACUCUAAGCUUAUCGCGCGCAUUGAGAAUGCUCACGGUGUUGCCGACAUUAAUAGCAUUGCGUGGUCUCCGAGAAAGGGUUAUGAAGACUUUCUUGCGACAACGGGUGACGACGGUACGGCAAGGGUAUGGAGGAUGGUUAAUGUAGAACGUUAAUAUCACAUUGAGAGAGUUGUGCAGUUUGCCAUGACGCC